GUGCCCCUAAUCCACAUCAAUAUCAUAAUAGCCUUCAUCAUAUCCCUUGUAGGCCUAUUAAUAUACCGAUCUCAUCUAAUAUCUGCGCUACUCUGCUUAGAAGGCAUAAUGCUAUCACUAUUCAUCCUAACAGCCCUCCUCGCUCUAGACUCACAUUUCAUCCUAGCCAGCAUAAUCCCAAUUAUCCUCUUAGUAUUCGCAGCCUGUGAAGCAGCCAUUGGAUUAGCUUUACUAGUUAUAAUCUCCAGCACAUAUGGCACCGACUACGUACAAAACCUCAACCUCCUUCGAUGCUAA